GAUAGCGGAAGUUUCCGUCCUUUGCACAGCUCCGCCUUUUCUCGUGGUUCAGCUCCCCGAUCAUGGCUUCACGUAAAGACUCCACCUCGGCGGCGACCGCCGUUGUGUCUUCUACCGGCACCCUGGAUUCGCCCGUCAAGCAAAUCCAGAUCGAAGGACUUGUGGUCCUGAAGAUCAUCAAGCACUACCAGGAGGAGGGCCAGGGCAGCGAGGUGGUCCAGGGGGUCCUACUGGGCCUGGUGGUGGAGGACCGCCUGGAGAUCACCAACUGCUUCCCCUUCCCCCAGCACACCGAGGACGACGCAGACUUUGAUGAAGUCCAGUAUCAGAUGGAGAUGAUGCGGUCACUGCGCCACGUCAACAUCGACCAUCUGCACGUGGGCUGGUACCAGUCCACCUUCUACGGCUCCUUCGUCAGCCGCGCGCUGCUCGACUCCCAGUUCAGCUACCAGCACGCCAUCGAGGAGUCUGUGGUGCUCAUCUACGACCCUAUUAAAACGGCGCAGGGCUCACUCUCCCUCAAGGCCUACAGGUUGACUCCAGAACUCAUGGAAAUCUGCAAGGAGAAAGACUUCACACCCGAAGCCCUGAAGAAGGCCAACAUCGGAUUCGAGCACAUGUUCGAGGAGGUGCCCAUCGUGAUCAAGAACUCCCACCUCAUCAGCGUGCUGAUGUGGGAGCUGGAGGACAAGUCGACGGUGGCGGACAAACACGAGCUGCUCAACCUCUCCAGCAGCAACCACCUGGAGAAGAGCCUGCAGCUGCUGAUGGACCGAGUGGAUGACAUGAGCCAAGACAUCGUCAAGUACAACACGUACAGCCGCAACCUGAGCAAGCAGCAGCAGCAGAAGCACCAGUACGUCCAGAGGAGGCAGCAGGAGAACGCCCAGAGGCAGACCAGAGGGGAGGCCGUGCUGGCUGAGGAGGACAUCACCAAGCUGUUCAAGCCCCCCCAGCCCCCACCCCGCAUGGACACGCUCCUCAUCGCAGGUCAAAUUAACAACUACUGCCAGAACGUGAAGGAGUUCACCUCCCAGAACCUGGGCAAGCUGUUCAUGGCAGAGGCUCUGCAAGGCCACAACAGCUAGAGAGCAGAAGGAGACGAACGAGAGAGAGAGAGAGCAUCGCCGGCCAUGCAGGAGAGAGAGAGAGCGAGAGAGACCAGCGAGGGGGAGGCAUGACUUGUGCGUCAUCAGACAAGAAGUAGACAAGAAUUUUCUCUUUUACACAAUUUGUUGUUACUUUGCAGUGUAUGUAUUCAUAACGUUCACAGGCGUUGUUGAAUUAUUUUCAUUGGAUAUUGAAAUAAAGAAUUGUCUGGCAUCUCUUAA